AUGGAUGAGCUCAGCUCAGUUGCGGAAAUUAAUGAUCCUGACCUUAUAUGUAUUUCUGAGACCUGGCUAGAUCCCAGCAUAUACGAUGGAGUUAUAUCUAUUGGAUCUAACUAUACUCGGUACCGAAAAGAUAGAGGAACACCUGGCGGCGGUUUAAUUACUUAUGUUAAAACUGCAAUACCUUCUAGCCGCUUGUUCGACAUGGAAGAGGAAGGCAAAGAGGCUCUGUGGCUAUUGUUGAAAUCACAAAGACUUCCAAGGCCUUACAGUUGCAUUGUUAUGGUUGCAGUCUAUUAUCCCCCAGGUAAGCGACUAAAAAUGAGAUAACUAUGAUUGAUUAUCUUACUAAUGGAAUCGAAUUUAUUCUACAAAGCUAUCCCUUUGCUGGAAUUAUAAUCGCUGGAGACUUGAUUGACAACAAAAUGAAGUUAAAUGAAAACAUUAUGUAAUUGUUUUGAUUUGAGGAAAACUGUUAAGAAACCAACUCGCCAGAACAAUACUUUAGAUCAGAUAAUGACUAAUAUGUCGCCACUGUUUCAAGAAGUGCAACAUCUUCCUCCCUUAGGUCGAUCGGAUCACCAAUGCCUCCUUUUGAAUCCAAAACAUCGGACGAGUACACGCCCAAUAACUAAAACAUUUCGAUCGAUGAAACGUUCAAACUUAAGUCGGGCUAAGACUAAGCAGAACUGUCUGGGAUGCAGUACACGAAGCAGAAGACGUAGAUGACAAAGUCUCAAUUUUCAAUGGAGUUAUUAGUCAAGCUCUAGACGGACGUAUGCCUCUGAAAUCCAUACGCCUACAUCCCACGGAUAAACCUUGGAUGACUCCAAACAUUAAAGCAAAGAUUAAGCUUAGACAACGGGUUUUUACUCGUGGCAACAUGUCCCAGUAUAAUUUGCUAAGUGCACAAGUUGAAGAUAUGAUUAGAAAAGCCAAAUCAAAUUACUAUCAAAAUAAGGCUAAAACAUUCCGCACAUCUGACCCUGCGAAAUGGUACAAAGCAAUUUAUAAUCUGUCCGGAGUAAGUAGUCAGCAUGAAGGCCUAAUAGUAAACUCCAUGGGUAGCGAGGCCGCUUUAGCAGAAAAGCUUCAAAUAUCCUUUACUGAACCAUGGAAAGACCUAAUUACAACAAAUAUUCCCCAACUAGAUGAAGUUGAGUCACUUCUCAAAGACUAUCCUCCCCCUCUACCUAGUAUUGGCCAGAUUAAGUGCGUCCUAAAUCACCUUAACCACUCGAAAGCAACGGGACCCGCCGAUGGUGUUCCAGCAUGGUUACUUAAACGAUUCUCUAGCGUUCUAGCGCCGAUUGACAUCAUUACGGCUAGCAUUAAACAGU